AAAGUAGCCGUUCAAAUUUCAAAAAACCCUCCCCAAUAGUCGACCGUUGGACGAGGGAGGGGAUAGUUGUUCCCAUUUUUUUACUCUCGGCGUCGACUUCAAGCGAAAGAUUCAUCUAAACAGCACUUAGCUUUAGCUCACUCAAGGCCAACAAUUUUUAUCAAAAAUUCUAUGGAUUGCAACUAAAAUCAUACCCCCAAAUUCUCUGUGUUACUUCGGAGUCGGAAACUGCAACAAGAAAUACACAACUCGAAAAACAGAGAUCAAUCCAUGGCCACGAGGCGCCAUGGCUGGCAACGCCCUCUCCACCCUCUACAGAUGAUGGGAAUGGCAGUUUACAGUUUUCUGGUCGUGACCUUCUAUACAUUCCUUGGACUUUUCCUUGGAAACAGAAUUGCUGAAAUUACAGUCGCUGCAAUCUUUACUUUUGUGGCAGUUUCAGUUAUGUUCCUGUUUGUUAGGUGUACUGCCAUUGAUCCGACUGAUAAGACCAGGUUUAGGAAGAAAAAAAGAGCUAAAUCAGAUGGGUUUCCACAGUUAAAUUAUUGGUUUAUAUUGAAUCAAAUAAUCAUGAGGUUCUUUAGAAAGAUGGAAAGAAAGAUCCUUAAAACCUUUAUAAGGAGAAAGUAUUUGGACCCAUUGAAAGCCAAUGCUCAAAUGGAGCCAUUGCUUCCAUUUCCACUUGUCAUGAAGGAUGAUGCAGUUUCACCUGACCCAAAAGAUGAUGACAUCUCUUAUUGCUCGCUAUGUGAUUUUGAGGUAAAGAAGCGAAGUAAGCACUGUAGAGCCUGUAACAGGUGUGUUGAAGGGUUUGAUCACCAUUGCAGGUGGUUAAACAAUUGUGUUGGCAAGAGGAAUUACACAACUUUCUUUCUUCUAAUGAUAUUUGUCUUGUUAAUGUUAAUCAUAGAAGGAGGAACUGCCAUUGCCAUAUUUAUAAGGUGCUUUACUGAUAAGAAAGGAAUAGAAAGGGAGCUGGAGAGGAGGCUACAUGUGGAGUUCCCAAGAGGGGUUCUUGCCACAAUAUCAGUUUUGUUGGUUUUAAUGACAGCUUACAGUUCAGCAGCCAUGGGACAACUUUUCUUUUUUCAUGUGGUUCUCAUACGCAAGGGAAUGAGAACAUAUGAUUAUAUCCUGGCCAUGAAAGAGGUGAACGAAUCAAUGGAACUAGAUCCAUUGGAAGAUUCAGAUCUCUCUUCAGACUCGGAUUUUGACUCUCCUGAAAAAUCAACAAUUGUUUCACGGUUUUGUGGCCAUUUUGACUCUCCUGAAGAAUCACCAAUUGUUUCACGGUUUUGUGGCCAUAGAGAAAAUGAGAACCCUGCAAGUCUGUCAAUAAAAAUUGAUAGGGGGGAUCCUGAGUCUUCCAACUUAACGAGGAAACAAGGCUUUCAUGCAAGCAUCAAUCCAUGGAAACUAAUCAAGUUGAGCAGAGAGAAAGCUGUGCUAGCAGCUGAGAAGGCCAGAGAAAGGAUUAUGAAACAGAAACCAGUCGAGCAACCAAAUUCAUUAAGGCCCCUACCGUCGGAGACUAAAUGUGGACCAUUGAUGAACCAAAACAAGAAUAUGAUCAAUGUGGAGUCAGGUUCAACACCACUUAUUUCCAAAGGGAGGGUUCCGGUGUCACCUGGAAGCCUCUCAAGUCCAAGAAGGCGUUUUUCUGGCUCCCAAAGCAUGUUUUCUGGGUACAUACCUUCGCCAAAGAAUAAAUACGGUAGCAGUUUUGAUUUGAAGCUGACAGAAGUUUCCAGGGAGCUCGAAACCUAUAUUUCGAGGCAGGUUUUGUGUUCUGUAAUGAAGAAGGAUGCCCAAGAGGCUUCCCCAAAAUAAUUAUUGCGCUUGAGUUUUUGACUUCUCAGCCUUGGAGAAAGUUUUGUACAUUGAUUUAGUGUAUACA